CCUUCUGCCUCUGCCUUCAUUGGAUCCUGCUCGCCCGAGCAGAUCAGAGCAGGCAAAUGUAGCCACCCACCUCUAGGAGGAAAACUGAGCCGCAGCCCUGGUGAAACAUAAAGUUUAUUCGGCUAAAGUGACGCAAAAAAUUCUUAAAGAGCUCUUUGGCAGCAGAUUAUCUGGAAAUCAGACCAUGUGAGGGGGCCUGGUGUACAAAAAGCUCCCCGGGAUGCUGAGGUGCCCACAGGCUGAGCUCCCCAGGCUGGGGUAAAUGUGGGUGAAGGGGACUCGAGCGUGGAUCUCCGCAAGGGCAGCGCUUCGGACCGACCCCGCACACAGAUGGUGCUUGUGCCUUCAGUCUGAUGGAUUUAAGUAUGGAAGAGGAAUUCUAGAAGUGCUGGGGAUAAAGGUGUGGGAAGACAAACCCCGAAGGGACCCUGUGGUGCUGCCUGCCUGCCCGUGACCAGAACAGAUCUCAGAAAAAAUGGAAAAAAAGGCCACAGGCAAUGAGACAGAGCCCCUGACUUCCAAGAGGGAUGCCUCAGACUGUAGCAAAGGAGAAGAUUGCAAAGAGAACGGACUUCUGGUCAGGAACCCUAAAUCUGCCCUACGGCUGGUGGAGGAUGGCAACAAAGUCCACCCCAGCCAGGGGGACAAAGGGGAGGCAGCUCAGAUCUCAAAUGGUUAUUCAGGGGUUCAGAGCUCAGCUCCCUGCAAUGGAGAGGUGGAGGAUGCCCAGGGCACGGCCCCAGCAGCCACCACCACCACCACCACCACCACAUCCACCACCUGCGGGGCUGAAGCUCAGCAGCAGCUGAUGGAGCUGGAGGACAGGGAGACCUGGAGUAAAAAAAUUGACUUUCUCCUCUCUGUCAUUGGAUACGCAGUGGAUCUGGGAAAUGUGUGGAGAUUUCCUUACAUCUGCUAUCAAAAUGGAGGAGGAGCAUUCCUCAUUCCUUACACAAUCAUGGCCAUCUUUGGAGGGAUUCCUCUCUUCUAUAUGGAAUUAGCACUAGGACAGUACCACAGGAAUGGCUGUAUUUCCAUUUGGAGAAAAAUAUGUCCUAUAUUCAAAGGAAUUGGCUUUGCCAUCUGUAUCAUAGAUCUUUACGUAGCCUCCUACUACAACACCAUCAUGGCUUGGGCUUUUUACUACCUCAUCUCCUCCUUCACGGCGGAGCUGCCCUGGACCAGCUGCAGGAACCCCUGGAACACAGGAAACUGCACCAACUACUUCAGCAAGGACAAUGUCAGCUGGUCCCUGCACUCCACCUCUCCUGCAGAAGAAUUUUAUACCCGCCAGGUUCUGCAGGUGCACAGGUCCAAUGGGCUGGAUGACCUGGGGGGCAUUAGCUGGCAACUGACCCUCUGCUUGUUGUUAAUCUUCACCAUUGUGUACUUCAGCAUCUGGAAAGGGGUCAAAACAUCUGGCAAGGUGGUUUGGGUGACUGCCACGUUCCCCUACAUCAUCCUCUUCAUCCUGCUUGUCAGAGGUGCAACUUUGCCUGGGGCUUGGAGGGGUGUCCUCUACUACUUGAAACCUGACUGGCAGAAACUCCUGGCCACUGAGGUUUGGGUGGAUGCAGCAGCUCAGAUUUUUUUCUCCCUGGGACCAGGUUUUGGGGUCCUCUUGGCUUAUGCCAGCUACAACAAAUUCCACAACAACUGCUACCAAGAUGCUCUGGUCACCAGCACCGUGAACUGCUUGACCAGCUUCGUGUCUGGGUUUGUCAUCUUCACCGUGCUGGGGUACAUGGCUGAGAUGAGGAAUGAAGAUGUCUCAGAGGUUGCCAAGGACACUGGGCCCAGCCUGCUCUUCAUCACCUACGCAGAGGCCAUUGCAAACAUGCCAGCUUCCACCUUCUUUGCCAUCAUCUUCUUCCUGAUGCUGCUCACGCUGGGCUUAGACAGCACGUUUGCAGGACUAGAGGGGGUGAUUACUGGAGUCCUGGAUGAAUUCCCCCACGUCUGGGGCAAACGCAGGGAAUUGUUUGUCCUUGGUCUGACCAUCGUUUGCUUUUUGGGGUCGCUGGCAACCCUGACAUUUGGAGGAGCGUAUGUGGUGAAGCUGUUUGAAGAAUACGCCACGGGCCCGGCUGUGCUGACCGUCGUGUUCCUGGAGGCAGUGGCCGUGUCCUGGUUCUACGGCAUCACCCAGUUCUGCAACGAUGUGAAAGAAAUGCUGGGCUCUGCCCCUGGCUGGUACUGGCGAGUUUGCUGGGUUGCAAUUAGUCCCCUCUUCCUUCUGUUUGUCACUUGCAGCUUUCUGUCCAGCCCUCCUGAGCUGAGGCUUUUUGAUUAUGAUUAUCCCUACUGGACCACAGUCGUGGGUUACUGCAUAGGAACCUCCUCCAUCAUCUUCAUUCCCAUCUACAUGCUCUAUCGCCUGGUCAUCACCCCGGGGACACUGAAGGAGCGUAUUCUGAAAAGCAUUACUCCAGAAACAGCUACAGAAAUUCCCUUUGGAGACAUCCGCAUGAACGCAGUAUAAGCUCACCUGGUUCUGGGGAGGAAGAGGAGCACAGAAUGUCACAUUGCCCACCCUCUCCCCCUCACAGAACCACCUCUCCAGCUGAGACAACAAACAGAGCUCCCCACCGAGGCUGCACCCCUGCACCGUGCGCAGAGGUGAUGCCUCCAGCACAUUUAUCCAAGCAAUUCAGUGACAUCUACCUGCACUUCCAGGCAGGCUGAACUGAGAAUUCUCUCUGGAACACGGGGGGAACAUCCCUGCUCUGGGGAGGGCCCCAGCAGCGCCUCCGGGACCAGCAAGGCAAGGCAGGGUUAGGUGUAAACCCCCAGUGCUCCAAUCUCCUCCCUCCGUGUGAUCGUUCGUACCGGGCAGUGUCGUAUUCGCUUCUGAGGUUCUCUACUUGCUUCAACUACGUGGGAAAAUGCACAAAUAUUUCUGAUAGCCAUACAUUACUCGAGUAACGCAGGGGUUUAUAAACUAGGAAGACACAAAUAGUAAGUUCUCUAGGUUUGUGGUGGAGUAGACAGAGGGAGAGGAAAAAUGCUGAGCAGCACAGCUCUGCACACACAGCUGGAAGCAUUGGCCUCCUUUUCAUUUCCUCUGGUUUGUAGGUGGUAAUUUCUACUGUUUCUCGCAUAAAAAAACUUAUUUUUUGUGAUGUUUGAAGCUUCACUUUCCUUUAGACCCAAUCAAGCCACAAAAACUCAUCAUGAGUUACCUGACAAGCACUUAAGCUUGGAAAGGAAAGAAGGAAAUAAUUUAAGAGGGACAAAGACUGUUCAUUCAGAACUAGACUCCUGAACUAUUUUUAAAAAGGGAAUAUGUUCUUUAACUGCCACUAGAAAUACAUAAUAGAUCUGUCUUACUAGACAGUUACUCAUGAGAAAGUUUUGUAGCUUAUGCCUCAAGUGUAUUUGAAACCUACUUCCAAAAAUUAAAUUUUCUGAGUUCAUUAACUGAAAAAAUACACACAAAAUGUCAAUAUAAGAUGAAUGAGGUAUUUGUAUGUAUCCAGCAGCAAAGUGUGGGAAAUAAAGAAAAUCCUAGCCCAUUUCUUCCCUCUUCAGACAGAUGUUCAGCUAACAACAACAACAAAAAAUUGUAAUUUUUAAGACACUGAUAUAGGACAGACAUUGGCUCUCUGGGAGGUUUCAGAGAGAUUUCCCAGAAGUCUCACAUUUUCUAGUGAAUUAAGUCAGGCAGGAAGCCCUGACAGUAACACAAGCCCUGCAACAGCUGAAACAUGAGAACAAUGAGCUCUGAGUCCUGAGAUAGGAUGAAAACUCUUGGAAUUAUUUCAAGAUACAAAAAGCAGUGUAAAUUAAAAAGGCUUUUCUCUUCCUGAGUAAUACAAAGAUUAAAUACAUCUAUGUUUUCAUUCUAUAAAUGCUGAACUUGAAAGGCAGUUUAGUCCUUAUUACUUUUGUGUUACAUGGUGUACUGGUUUGAAUAUCUUAUUAUGGUAAGUUCAUUUUUUAGUAUUUCUAUUUAGCUGAGUGGUUGAAAUAUUGAGAAAUUGAUUUAUUUAUACAAUUCUUUUUUUUUUCCUUUUACAUACCCAUCUGAAAGCAUGUAAAAUAAUGAAUAUUUAUCAGGUAACUCAGCAAGUAGCCAUACUUUAAACACUGGUUUUGUAUAAAAAACUACUUAUAUUGAUACCAAAUGAGCUGCACUGCACUUACAAAGUGUUUUGAGGCAAAAAAAAAAUCCUUCUCUUCAGCUCACCUUCCACUCAUCUGUCACGAGUAUAUUCUACCCUCUGUUCUGAACAGUGAAAAGGAAGUAAUGAAUAGGUAAAUUAGGACUAUCUUUGCCUUUUAAAGAGAAUUAAACUGGAGUUUUAGCUGUACAGAACUAAGUAUUCCCUCCAACUUGUACAUGAUGCACCUGUAUUAAUUUAUGCAGCUGUUUAGUUACAAGUGUUGCAAGCUGAUUGUAAGUCAUCAGUAUGUGCCUUGUACUGUAAACUGUUACUGUAAUAAAUUUAAUAUUCAUAAACCAC